CUUCCCCAUUUUACACUACUCUGUAAGAGGCUAACAAAGUCUUUGCUAUAUAAGAGAGAGUCAGUGUGGUUUGUAGAGUAAGGAGGCAGAGAUGGCUCUCUUUCUGUUCCUUGUCUUUGUAUCCUUCUCUCCAGCCCUGGCCAAAUUUGAACGGACGAACGAGACAUGUCCACAGGACAGAAUAAACCAAUGCCAGGACCUGCAGGUAGCCGUGCAGUGCAGAGUCCUGAGUGAUUGUCUGGAGACCGAAUGGAGGGAGCCUAAAGUGGAUGACAACAUCUGUGAGGAGUGUAAAAAGUUCAUAGCGCACAUUACUGACAUGCUGAAGGACAAAGCUGUGCAGGAUGCCUUGAAAGCUGCACUGCACAAAGGCUGUGAUUUGAUCCCAAUCAAAGAGUUGAAAGAACAGUGUAACAAAUAUGUUGAUUCCUAUCUGUCCAUAAUAAUUCAAUUACUCGAGAAAGAGGUGAAACCGGAUGUGGUGUGUGCCGCUCUUGGCCUGUGCAAAUCGAGGCAGCAAGUUCAUGCGCAAAAAUCUCUCUCCAAUGCCAUCCCUGUGGAUGAACCAAGUGUGGUCAAUUAUUCUCCGCUUUACAAUGCAAGCCAGAAACAUUUCCAGGGGCCACUUCCCAAAGGCGUAUUCAGCUGCGAAUUUUGUCUGCUUAUCAUGAAGAAACUGAAGCACUUAUUGCCUGAGGAGAAAACUGAGAGUGUCAUCAUCAAACUACCCAGUAAAGUCUGCUCCCAACUGCCCAGCAAAUACUUUACAAAAUGUCACAACUUAAUGGAAAAGAGAGGGGAAGCUGCUGUCGAGCUACUGUUCAAAAAACUCACGCCCAGUGGUGUAUGUGACACACUUCGUCUCUGUUCCAGGGGCAAGAAGGACUCAAUGCUGCCUAUAAUGUCCUGUGAUAUGUGUGAGAACGUAGUGCAUCAGCUCAAGUCAGCUCGGAAGCAGGGCACAGAAGUGGAUGUACUCCUGCCAAAAGCCUGCAACUCAUAUUCUGAUGUCUCCAAUUUGAUGUGCGAAGACUUUAUCCACUCCCAUAAAGCCCAGCUCAGCAAUCUUCUUCAGAAUCAGGAGGACAAAGAUCUUUGUGGGGAACUGGAUUUCUGUGUAAGAAAAGUGGAGGCAAAGUUGCUUGGACGCGAUGAGUGCACCUGGGGACCAUCACACUGGUGCCAGACCUGGGAAAUUGCCACCCGGUGUGAAGCUGUCGAAUACUGUGAGGAAUAUGGCUGGAUCUAAAGCCACCCUGCAAAUUAUAAAAAAAAAUCUCUGGCGUAAAUUCAAUCAAAAAAAAUUGCUUCUGUGUCCUUGCUUAGAAACGUAAUUCAGCAUCAACACAAAUAGUUCUGUCCAGCUGCAUGUUGUGUGUGAGUGUUUUUCGGUUUCCUAUCCUUACAACUUGUGAUUAAUUGUUAAUACAGCACAAUCCCGUACAAUGCGAAACAUGCAUCUAUGACUGAAUACUGGUUAUCUCUUUCCCCCCCCCCAUACUUAGCCGCUCUUCUGGAUGGUGUUGACUCCAGAUUAGGAUUGCUGACCUUUCGUAUUGAAUGUGAAUUUUAUAUUUUAAUCAGAUCUAUCCCAUGAAUCAAUAGUUUAAAUUUAAUAAGUUGUGAUUAGAAAAAAACUUCAGGAAAAGAUUGGGAAUAGAACAUUAGUUACAGCUCAAAGGGUUAAUUGGAUGGAUGGGCAGUGGGUACAAUGUAAGAUGGAAGCUUCCUAGUAUAUUCCAGGAUUUGUUUCAACCCGGGAAAGGAUUUCCCAUUGUGUGUGUGUGUGUGUGUGUGUGUUGUAUCAGAGACAGUGCUGUCCUCAAAUAGCAAUAAGUUCAAACAGUUCAAACUGCUGGUUAUUGCAUGUGUUGAGAGUCUGUGGGUGGAAAUAUUCAGUUAAAACAUGAUUACCUAUAUAACAAUCAGUGCAGUUUAAAAACAAUUUAUUGCGGGUGAAUGACUCUCAGAUAUAUCUGAGAUGUGGUGAGGUACUGUUUAAGAUCAAGGCUUUCCUUCCUACAUAAUGCUGCUAUCAAUGCAUUCUGUCAGCUUUUAUCCAGGCACAGCCAAGCCAGCUACACCAAUAGGACCAACACAAGUUUGCUGAUUCAAGAGGAAAAAGGCAAGAAAAAGGAAAGAGAGAGAGUGAUUUUGACAGAAUUUUAACUGUUGCUGUAGAUCUGACUUAACCCGCGAACAUUUAUGGCUAAUCAUCCUUUCCUUGCACUCUAGCUGAAAUGUGGUGCAAUAAUGAAUAGUGACAGUUAGUCAUGUAGACUAAAGUGCUUCAAAACUAUGAUUUGCUUGCUUAAUAAACUUUUACUAACAUA